AUGUGAAUCCCUCGUAAAUCCCUUACGCAAACAGUUGUUUUUCCCCAUUCAGGACCCUGAGUCGGAUCAGAUGUCAUAGAAUUUAUUCCGGAUAAAGUCCAUUGAAUAUAGAUCGAAAUAAGACUCUGGAAAUUAUGGCAACUGGACACAUUUUGCCCGGUCGCGGGAGUAUCGUGACCAAAUACCGGUCCAAGUCUGCCGACCCGACGAUGUCCGGCUACCGGUACCAUAAGGAGGGUCGCCACGCCGGUCGGGGGACCCACGGUCGCCCCUUCAACCCGUCGCACCACAGCAGAGAUUUCGCGGAAAUCAAAAGGGACGCUUUGGAAGCUUGGAACGAAGAGCUAGAAGAUUGGACCAAAUCGCCGAACAAGAGACCGACAACUUAUGAGCAUAGUUACUACGGGAAGGAGUUGAAUUCAGACGACGCGGCCAAGAUCAGGCCGAUUUCACCCACGAGGAGAAAUAAACCACAUCCCAAAGAUGUUUUCCUAACAUGCAGACUACAGAAGGUACCUGGCUAUUAUGAUCCCAAUUCGGCUAUGGGUAAAGAGAUUGGCACAGUCCAUGGAUUCCAGAACCCAGACGCAAGAAUCAAGGAAGAGGUGUACUUAGUUGAUGCAUUAUGUCCAAAGUGGGAACAAGCAGAGAGGCGCCAACUAAGACAUAAAUAUAUUGGAAGACCAAGCACAGCUAAUGUUAUGGCAUACAGGGAUGAAGAGAGGGAGAAGAUGAAGAGAGUGAUAUCAGACCCAUGGUCAGCUCAGGCAGCAGAGGCGUGGCUCAAGCUAGCUGGUAGUCAAAGUGGCAGAGCUGUGAGGACAAUGGUUGAUCAAGCCCAUACCAAAGGUCAAAGGACAAAUAGACAGUCCCUCAACAGAGCAAGUAUAAAUGUUGAUGAACAAGUCAGGGUGCCAUACCAGUCUUCCGUUCAUCGCUUCCUGAAAACGGCUGGUUAUGAAGAGGCCAGAUCAGCUGAUAAGAUGUUACAGAGUCUAGAGAGUGGACCAAGACCCCUGCCAAUGAGUGGUCCACAUUUCCAUAUCACAGACUACAGCAAAGUACACCAGAAAAUCCACCCUAAACACGUCCGCUCAGACUUCACCAUUCACCCAGAAUGGGUACCUUGAUUAUAGUAUUACAUGUACAUCUGUAUUACAGUUUUAUAGUUCAACAUUUUUUGUGAAAGCUCCAUUAAAGAAAGAGGCUAAAAUAAUAACAUCCUUUUCAUCUGACAACUAACACCCGUUAUCUCGACGAUCGUGGCAAAGUUUAAAAUGUCCCUAAAACAUGGACUGUGCUAUUUGAGUUAAAAUAAAUUUUAGUGAGAUAUUGUGACUGUUAAGUGAACAUAUCUCUAUCUUGUGCAAUCACCUUUGUACUAUUUCUCUAAUUAGUAUUACCUGAAUGUUGUGUGUGUGCAAGAAGUUCAAGCAAUUUCUGUAUGUUGAUGGCACAUAAUUUUUGACAAAAUAUGCUCACUAUUUAUUUUAUGUGUUAAUCGGUGUAAUAUCUGCAUCAGGAUUAAACAACUUUGUUGUGGUUUUAACCUUACACUAAUAAGGUGUGUGAUAAGGACUCUGGAAAACAAUCCUCGGGUAGGAUUUGAACCCACAUACCCCCUGCUUUCUAGAGCAGAUGUCUUAAAGGCAGUGGACACUAUUGGUAA